UACAGAUGGUGAUGACGACCCACAACUCUCCUGGGUGGCUUCAUCUCCCUCCAGCAAAGAUGUUGCAUCACCCACUCAGAUGAUAGGAGAUGGGUGUGAUCUCGGCAUCGGGGAGGAGGAAGGGGGGACUGGCCUGCCGUAUCCCUGUCAGUUUUGUGAUAAGUCCUUCAUUCGCCUGAGCUACCUUAAAAGGCACGAGCAGAUCCACAGUGACAAACUACCUUUCAAAUGCACCUACUGUAGCCGGCUUUUUAAGCACAAGAGAAGUAGGGAUCGCCACAUAAAGCUUCACACAGGGGAUAAGAAGUACCAUUGCCAUGAAUGCGAGGCUGCGUUCUCUCGCAGCGACCACCUCAAAAUUCACCUGAAAACCCACAGCUCCAGCAAACCAUUCAAGUGUACUGUGUGUAAACGCGGGUUUUCAUCUACCAGCUCAUUGCAGAGUCACAUGCAAGCUCAUAAAAAGAACAAGGAACAUAUGGCAAAGACUGAGAAAGAGGUGAAGAAGGAUGAUUUUAUGUGUGAUUACUGUGAAGAGACAUUCAGUCAGACUGAAGAUUUGGAGAAGCACGUAAUGACACGCCACCCACAGCUUUCCGAGAAGGCAGAUUUGCAGUGUAUUCAUUGCCCCGAAGUAUUUGCAGACGAAAACUCGCUGCUCUCACACAUUCAUCAAGCCCAUGCCAACAAAAAACACAAGUGCCCUAUGUGCCCGGAGCAAUUUUCUUCAGUGGAGGAAGUCUAUUGCCACUUGGACAGCCACAGACAACCUGACUCCAGCAAUCACAGCAUCAGCCCUGACCCAGUCUUGGGGAGCGUGGCGUCCAUGAGCAGCGCAACGCCGGACUCCAGCGCGUCGGUGGAAAGAGGUUCCACCCCAGAUUCGACCUUAAAGCCUUUGAGAGGACAAAAGAAAAUCAGGUCUGUGGACAGAGAGGAAGGCCAGAACUGGUCUAAAGUUACUUACAGCUGCCCGUACUGCUCGAAGCGCGACUUCAACAGCCUUGCUGUUCUGGAGAUCCACCUGAAGACGAUUCACGCAGACAAACCUCAGCAAAGCCACACGUGCCAGAUCUGCCUUGAUUCCAUGCCUACACUGUACAACUUGAAUGAACAUGUGAGAAAGGUGCACAAAAACCAUGCCUAUCCCAUGAUGCAGUUUAGCAACAUUUCUGCCUUUCACUGUAACUACUGCCCAGAGAUGUUUGCAGAUAUCAAUAGCUUACAAGAACACAUCCGUAUUACUCACUGUGGCCCAAAUGCUACCCCUCAAGAUGGCAACAACGCUUUCUUCUGUAACCAGUGCUCCAUGGGCUUUCUGACCGAAGCAACCUUGACUGAGCAUAUUCAGCAGACUCACUGCAAUGUAGGAAAUUCAAAAUUGGAUUCCCCUGUCAUUCAGCCAACACAGUCUUUUAUGGAAGUUUAUUCAUGCCCUUAUUGCACAAACUCCCCCAUUUUUGGCUCCAUCCUGAAGCUUACAAAGCAUAUUAAAGAAAACCACAAGAACAUUCCUCUGGCACACAAUAAGAAGUCAAAAGCAGAGCAGAGUCCAGUUUCUUCUGAUGUUGAAGUCUCUUCCCCUAAAAGGCAACGGCUUUCUGCUAGCGUAAACUCAGUGUCUAAUGGUGAAUACCCAUGUAAUCAGUGUGAUCUAAAGUUCUCAAAUUUUGAAAGUUUUCAAACCCAUUUAAAGUUGCAUUUGGAGUUGCUGUUGAGGAAACAGUCUUGCCCUCAGUGUAAAGAAGACUUUGAUUCCCAGGAGUCUCUUCUGCAACAUCUCACCGUACAUUACAUGACAACUUCGACUCAUUAUGUAUGUGAGAGCUGUGACAAACAGUUUUCUUCGGUGGAUGAUUUGCAGAAGCAUUUGUUGGACAUGCAUACUUUUGUGUUGUAUCACUGCACCCUUUGCCAAGAAGUUUUUGAUUCCAAGGUAUCUAUCCAAGUGCAUCUGGCAGUCAAGCAUAGCAAUGAAAAGAAGAUGUAUCGUUGCACAGCCUGUAACUGGGAUUUUAGGAAGGAGGUGGAUCUCCAGAUCCAUGUGAAGCAUAGUCACUUGGGGAAUCCGUCAAAGUCUCACAAAUGCAUCUUCUGUGGUGAGACCUUUAGCACAGAGGUAGAACUGCAGUGCCACAUCACAACCCACAGCAAAAAAUACAAUUGCAAGUUUUGCAGCAAAGCUUUUCAUGCCAUCAUCUUGCUUGAAAAGCACUUGCGGGAAAAACAUUGUGUUUUUGAUGCUAGCGCUGAGAACGGUACAGCUAAUGGCAUGACCCCAACAAAUAAGAAGACAGAAGGGGCAGAUAUCCAGAACAUGUUAAUGAAGAAUCCAGAUACUUCCAACAGUCAUGAAGCCAGUGAGGAUGAUGUAGAUGCUUCUGAGCCCAUGUACGGCUGUGACAUUUGUGGGGCUGCCUACACUAUGGAGGUCCUCUUGCAGAACCAUCGUUUGAGAGAUCAUAACAUCAGGCCUGGAGAGGAUGAUUGUUCUAGGAAGAAAGCAGAAUUCAUCAAAGGUAGCCACAAGUGUAAUAUCUGCUCAAGGACCUUUUUCUCAGAAAAUGGCCUGAGAGAGCACAUGCAGACCCAUCGAGGCCCAGCUAAGCACUACAUGUGCCCCAUCUGUGGGGAACGCUUCCCAUCACUCCUGACCCUAACGGAGCACAAAGUCACUCACAGCAAGAGCUUGGAUACAGGGACAUGUCGGAUCUGCAAAAUGCCACUGCAGAGUGAGGAAGAAUUUAUCGAGCACUGCCAGAUGCAUCCAGAUCUCAGAAACUCCCUCACCGGGUUUCGCUGUGUUGUCUGCAUGCAGACAGUCACCUCUACCCUUGAGCUGAAAAUUCACGGGACGUUCCAUAUGCAGAAAUUGGCAGGAAACUCUGCAACCUCGUCGCCCAACGGCCAGGCCUUGCAAAAACUCUACAAGUGUGCAUUGUGCUUGAAGGAGUUCCGGAAUAAGCAGGACUUGGUAAAGUUGGAUGUGAACGGCCUUCCCUAUGGCCUGUGUGCUGGAUGCAUGACCAGGAGCACCAAUGGACAGUCUUCGGGCUUGACUCCACAGGAGGUGAACGAGAGACCGUGUGGCAGUCUGAGGUGUCCAGAGUGUAGUGUCAAAUUUGAAAGUGCUGAAGACCUAGAGAGCCACAUUCAGGUAGACCACCGAGACCUGACGCCUGAGACUAGUGGUCAAAGGAAAGGUACCCAGACAUCCCCUGUUCCCAGAAAAAAGACCUAUCAGUGCAUCAAGUGCCAGAUGACCUUUGAGAAUGAGAGAGAGAUACAAAUCCAUGUCGCUAACCAUAUGAUUG